AUGAAAACCAAUGUCUUGGGCUCAACCUACACUCUGAUCCCUGAUGCUAUGGGAGCCUGGAAGAUCAUCUCCUUGGUUGUCUAUGGGACCACCUUCCUUCUGGGGCUGCCCUCCAAUGUCCUAGCUCUCUAUGUCAUUUAUUGCCGCGCCAAGGUACGUGUGACACCCAACCUCAUCUACAUGAUCAACCUGUGCAUCUCUGACCUGGUGUUUGUUCUCAUCCUACCCUUGAAGAUGCUGGCAGUGGGGAAAGGGAACUGGGCCCUGCCAGGCUUCUUCUGUGCUCUUUACAAUUUAAUCCAUUUUGGCACAAUCUAUGCCAGUGUCUGUUUUCUGACUGUUGUUGGUGUGGGACGCUUUCUGGGAGUUGUUUUCCCUAUCCAGUAUCAGAUUUACAAGAAGCCUUGUUACUCAUGUCUAGUUUCUCUCGUGAUAUGGACCAUAGUAGGAUUCCAUGGGAUUCUCCUCUUUGUCCUGGAGAGCACCAAGGAUCUUAGUCCCAGACUCUUUGCUGAUGACACCUUGACUUGUUAUAGCAACUUUACUGAGGAGCAGAUGACCUUGUUGCUUCCUAUUCGGCUGGAGCUGUCUGUAGUACUGUUCUUCCUCCCCUUGGCCAUCACUUUUUUUUGCUAUGCUGCCUGCAUCUGGGUCCUGGUUGGAUCACAUCUCCAUGUGCAGAAGAAGCGCCGUGCAGUGCGGGUGGCGGUGGCCACUCUCUCUGUCUUUGUCCUCUGCUUUGGCCCUUACAACAUAUCCCACGUCGUGGGCUUCGUCCUCAGAAGAGAUCUCUGGUGGCGUAGCGUGGCUCUCCUCCCAAGUGCCUGCAAUGCUUUCCUGGAUCCUCUUGUAUUCUACUUCCUAUCUACUGCUGUGGAUGAUGGGAUAAUCCAAGUGUGGCAAUCCCUGAAGGGAAAAUGUAGUUCGCUUAGGAUGAAAAUUUCUUUGACCCAUGGAAAACAAGGAAACCAACAAAAAGCUUUGAGCAUUGCCUGA